AUGAAAAUAAGAUUAUUUUUUACAAUUAUUUUUACUCUAGCAUCUAAGAUUAGAGCUGAAUGUUCAAGAGGAAAUUGUUUGCCGUGUUCAAGCAGCUGCUAAAAUUGUUUUAGCACUAGUUAAGACUCUUGCAUAAGUUGCCCUCAGAAUUAUUAUAAAAGUAAUUUAAAUUCUUCUACAUGUGUUUAAAAUUGCGAAGUUGGAGAAAUAUAAGCAGAUAACUAAUAAUGUAUUAAAUGCUAGAUUGUAGGAUGCAUUAAAUGUGAUUCUAAAUAAAACUGCUUACAAUGCAGUCCUAAUUUAUACUUUGAUAAGGUAAAUAAUGAGUGUUCACUAAAACCAAAAAUUUGCUAAUCUGAAUAGGAUUUUAUCUAAGAACCUUUUACAAAAUAAUAAUGUGUAAAUACCUGCCCAAGCUCAUACUAUCCAAAUUAAAAAACAUAAAUAUGCGAAAAAAUUAGCUAAUGUAUAUAAAUUAACGAUAGUCCUCCACUACUCAAUGAAAAAGUUCUCUAAUUAAACUCAUUACAUCAAGAUUACUACCUUAUUAGAGCAAAUUCAUGCUAUUUUGCUUUAGUAGAUUAAAAUUUUUAGAUAAUUUACAUAGAAAUAUUUUAAAAUAUGCCAGACUUUUAGAUUAAAUAUAUGAAUACUGGAGAGGAAGUUUAAUAAAAGAGUUUUAUUUUUGAAGAAUAUGGAGGCUGCUUAGCUAAUAAUUCUAUAAAAGUAAUGAAUUUUAUUACUAAGCAAAUUGUUUUUGAAAAAACUGAUUUAGAUUAGGAUUAUUUUGUUUAAUAUAUUGACUAUUAAAAUAAAAUAGUCUUUUUUAAUUAAAAGAGUAUUUGUUAAAUAGCUUGGUAUGAUUUGAUAUAAUACAAAUUUACUACAUUUGGAUGUGGUUAAACUCCUAUUAUAGGUAUUUUUUAAAUCUACAUUCUCAACAAAACAAACUAUUACAUAUAGAUUUCAGUUUACUCUUAUUAGUAGUCUGUUGAAUUCAAUUAUCUAGUUUGA